UAACAUUAACUGAUUUUGACUACAGCAAUCAGAGAAUACGAUACAAAGCUUCUCUUGGCAUAUUGUCUUCAACGUGCACCUGUAUCAAACCCAAACUUCGCACCUUUCCCCGCUUCUACCCUCAAAUUCCCUGUCUCACGCACUCAGACCUUGUGGGAUCCUGCAACUGAUUCAAUCACACCAGAUACCCUUCUCCCACCUUGGGUAUCCAUCUCCAGACAACUCUCCUCUGCGAACUCCCAGCACACAAGAAAGAAGUCCUCAAUGACUUCCUCGUCAGACUCUACUGUCUACAUAGACCUCCACUUUGCUUACCUCGAGAUCAACCCUUUGGUCGUUCUCGAUGACGGUUCCAUUCACUACCUCGACAUGGUUGCAAAGCUCGACCAGACUGCCGACAGCAUCUGUAGCCCAAAGUGGGCUGUCGCACGAGACUUGUCCAUAUACCAGUCCAGCAGUGGAUCUUGCUGGUCACCAUGAGCCAGAAUCGGCUUCCCAUACACCAGAGGCCGACGACCCCGCAAAGAACGGAAAGACCACGAAACGAAGAA